AUGAAGUUGAUUUUCCUAAUUGUCAUUGGCAUAGCAUGGAGCAGUGCUGCGCCAGCUGGGUAUCCCAAAAUGAAACCACCGGCAAAACAACUACCAAAACCCGGUGGCGGUGGUGGAGGUGGCGGUAAGGGGCCAAGUUCAUCAUAUUUGCCACCAAAUCGUGGCGGUGGUGGAGGAGGAGGAGGUGGUAAACCGCCACCUUCCACAUAUUUACCUCCUGGUGGAGGUAAUGGCGGCGGCGGAAGAGGUGGUGGUGGUAAUACCUAUUUACCUCCUGCUGGUGGUGGUGGCGGAGGGCCUGGAGGUGGAGGAGGCGGCGGCGGGGGUGGAGCUGGUGGCGGAGGAGGUGGCGGCGGUCCUGUUAUACCAAUUAUAAAAUUUGAAUCCCAAGUCAAUACCGAUGGAUCGUAUAUGUACGAAUAUGAAACCGGCAAUGGCAUCAACGUCGAUGAAAUGGGCUAUUUGAAAAAUGCUGGCGACAGUGACAACGAAGCCCAGGUGGCUGAGGGUUCCUUUUCGUUUACCAGUCCGGAAGGUGAAUCAUUUGUUGUCACCUAUAUUGCCGAUGAGAAUGGAUUCCAGCCGCAGGGUGAUCAUUUGCCAACACCACCGCCAAUACCGCCAGAGAUUCAAGAGGCAUUGGAUAAAAUUGCAGCUGGUGGGGGGCAUCCGGAUGAUGGUAGCGGUGGUGGAGGAGGUGGUAAUGGAGGUGGUGGAGGCGGUAAUGAAGGUGGCGGCGGUAAUGGUGGUUAUGUCUAUUAA